CAUCAGUAACAUACAGUGGUGGUGGUUGAUCACUCCUACAUUAUGUCUCUCUACUAUAUCUCUUGUUCGUGCUAAUGACAAAACGUAAUGGAGGCGUAGUUGUCAUCCUGAGUAUGAGCUUCAACCAUAAUUGGUAUGUCCUUGAUGACCCACACUCAUUAUGGAGAUGUUGCUGGCCAGAUGGAGGAUGGUGAACUAUAUAUUUCAUCGAUGAGAAAUUCUAAUUGAUAAGUCACUUUUUAUGUAAUCUGAAAAAGAGAAGCACCUAACAUUGAACAAAAAUGGCUGGAAUUGAUUCACAACAUAUAAAAGACUUGAUUGCAAAAGGAAAUAGAUUUGAAGCUAUGAACAUAUUUAUUCAAAGUAAGUUUGGAAAGCCAGAUAACCCAGAGACCGGUAUUAAAAUUAAACGAGAAGUUGGUGAACCCAUCCUCAAAUCAAAGAAAAGCAAAGGUGGUGACAAAGCAAGUCAAAGUAAGGACAACAGUGAGAGUGAGACUGAUGGCAGUGGUAGUGAUAGUGACAGCUGUGGAAGUAGCCAUGCCAGUUCAUCAGCACCUCGCAGUGAAGCUUUGGUGCCAGAAGUAGAAUUGAAGGAGGAUGAGAAUUUGGAUGUUGACAUAGAAACUGUUGAUCCCCUCAGUGAAGCCCUGUUACCAAGACCUCACUUGUUGGACCAGCCUGGCCCUGCACACAUGGGACAUCCACAACAAAAUAUGCAAGGUUAUGGCCACAUGGGAGGAAUGCCUCACUAUGGAGGCCCACCAGGAGGUCCAUAUGGCCCGUAUUGUGUCCAGGUCCCACAGUACGGGCCAAGAGGGGAUGGGACACAUACUAGUCCUGUCUGGCUGGACCCAAACUCACAGCAGCACCAUCAGCAGCAGUUACAGCAUCAACAACUACAGCACCACCAACAACAUCAUCAUCAGCAGCAUCAACAACAACAACAUCAGCAACAACAUCAGCACCAGGAGGAAGAGAGAGAUGAUGAUUAUAUACCAAGAAUCCAGAGAGAGAAAGAACCAGUACCUGGUGACUUGCACAAAAAAACUCAUCAGAAAUUCUUUAGAGAUCAAGGCCGUCCAUAUAUAUCCCGCGCCACAGGCAAGGAGAUCCGUGGGAGAGCAAUGGGUCCCCCAUGUAAUUGCAAAAAGAGAUGUUGGUCCAAGAUUGAACUUGGAGCAGAUGAAAUUUUCUCAGCUUUCUGGGAUAUGGGUAAUUUUGAUGAGCAGAAUGUGUACCUGUAUGGAAAUAUCUCUAUAAAACCAGUGAGCCGCCAUUAUGUUAAGGGAUCAAACAGACGAACUUAUACGUUUACUUAUUGGUGUAAAGUCCGUGGUAAACAUGUGGAAGUGUGUAAAGAAAUGUUUAUGGGUGUUCAUGGCCUUCAGAAUAGCAGAGGUAGAAUAGGAAAUCUCAUGAAGCAAAUGAAAGAUGGUAACUUACUACCUAAACCUGAUCAGCGUGGAAAACAUUCCAACAGGCCAAACAAGUACACUGAACAAUCCCUCCAAGCAGCUCGAAGACACAUUGAAAUGUACAUCAAUCGAAAUAUGACACUGAAGAAGAUGUACAGAGACUUUUAUAUGCCAUGGUGUGAUGAGAAUAAGAUUGGUGCCGUUAGUGAAGAUAAAUACAGGAGAAUUUAUUCCGAGGAAUAUAAAGUUUCUUAAUACUUAAUAGUAAUAGUAAAUUAGCGGAAUAAGCAGGUACAACACAUUCAUCCUUCAUUCAUCAUUCAUAAAGAUUACAAAUCAAGUGGAACUUGACAUGUAAAUAUAACUUUUCUCCAUUUUUAAAGCAGGUACAGUAUAUAAAAAAAAUUAUAUUGUUUUUGUUUAAGUUUUCAUAAUUAAAAGUUAGUCUCUCCUAUCCAACAUCUUUUCUGUUGGCAGACCAACUUUCCACAGGGAAUGUUAUUAUCUCUGUCUAAUCAAGGUGCAGUUUUGUAAAACAAAAUUCCAUACAUAAGCAAGAAGAUUGUGAUGCUCCUUUAUUGUUAUAGUGCACUUAUGGCUGUGUCGUUGUUUGAGUAUUAGAGUAACCAUCUGUAUAUCUGCUACUUGAUCAAGCCUCCUGGUGGAUAUCUCAUUGGAUCACAUCUAACAUUCCAAGAUAAAGAAGUUUUAUAGUGUUUAAAUAAAACCUAAUGAAUUGUAUCUGAUAUCCAUAAAAUGGAACAUAAAAGUGCAGGUUUUUCUUGAAUACUUUUAUUCAAAAUUAUGGGACGAUCUUACUAAGUUUGAUAGUUAUUGUAAUUUUAAUUUACUAAAUUUUUUAUGUGGAACCCCCAAUAAUUUUGAGUAAUGAGACCAAACUAAACAGUACUGUAACUUUGGAACAAAUUAUAGGAAUUUGAGAGAACUGAUAUUUGGUUAAAUUAUAUAUUAUAUUUUUACAAAUUACAUGGAAAUGUUAUGUAA